AUGCCUCAAACAAUAAAAAAAGAUAAUCCGCGGCUCCUGCAAUUUGAAGAUGAUGAAUAUGAUGAGACUGAUGAUUUUGAUCCAGAUAAUGAUAUUGAAGAAGAAAGUGAAGAUGAUCAACCAGAAGAUUUAGAUUUGGAAAUAUCACCUGAAGAAGGUUAUGAAGAUGUUGAUGAUCCUGAUUACAGUGAUUUUCAUUCAGAAGCUGAAGAAUUAAAUCGAAAUAGUUCCUGGAAAUUAAUGGCAGUUAAAACAACAACUCCUACUACUUCAUCUAAAUCCAAGUCUCACUCGGAAACGGCUACUGGACAUACAAAGAAUAAGAAAGUUCCAUCAAAAACAGAAACACAUGUAAAGACCAUUUCUAAAACACCAUCAUCCAAAUUAUCUGAAAGUUCUAAAACAAAACAACCCAAGGACAAACCUUCUUCUAGUCAGCUUCCAGUCAAAAAACCAGACAAGUUAUAUCUGGGAGGACAAAUAGCCACAUUACUCUACAAAAGGUUACAAACUACAAGUGUUAUAUCUGAUGGUUAUUCAAUAUGUUUUAUUCAAAUAUACCAUAUGACUUUUUUUAAUCAAUUAAAUGGAUAUCUAUGUUAA